CACUCUGUUUUUGCUGGAUUCGCGACUUGACCGCGGGUGGAGUUGUUUACACGGAAAUAGCUGCGUUUUUAUCGAAAUAUAUAAUAUUUUGCAAAUGAACAGAAAACAACUCAUAGCUUUAUUGUUAUUCCGUCGUCGAAUGAAAAGAAGAGGAAACAAUCGGCUCAUAUGGGUUCAUCCAAUUAAUAAAAUGAGGCAGAAAGUUGGGACCUUCUACACAUUGUUUGAACAGUUAAGGAACGAUGACACAAAAUUCUUCAAUUACUUCAGAAUGUCGAUUACAUCCUUUGACGAACUGCAUGAGCGAUUAAAAGAUAGCAUUCAGCGCAAAAAUACGAAAAUGAGGAAUUGCAUUCAGCCCAUAGAAAUGCUGGCAAUAACACUGAGAUAUCCAGCAAGUGGAUGUACUUUCACCGAUCUUCAUUAUUCCUUCAGAGUAGGGAUCUCAACAGCAAGAGUAAUAGUUAGAGAUGUUUGUCAAGCACUGUGGAAGGUUAUGCAUAGCGAGUGCAUACCUUCCCCCACCAAGGCAGUUUGGGAAUCAGUAGCAAAUGGCUUUGAACAAGCAGCAAAUUUUCCUCAUUGUAUAGGGGCAGUAGACGGGAAACAUAUCCGCAUCGUCAAUCCAGUACAUAGUGGAUCUAUGUAUUUUAAUUAUAAAGACUACCAUUCAAUUGUGCUAAUGGGUAUUGCAGAUAGCAAGUACCGUUUUGUUUUUAUGCACGUUGGUAGCUAUGGCAAAGAAUGUGACUCAUCCGUGUUUAAACAGACUCAGCUGUGGAAAUCAAUAGAAAGCAGUUCAAACAAUCUUCCUGAAGAGAAGUGUCUACCAGGCACAGAAGGUCCGAAAGUGCCAUAUUUUAUUGUUGGGGAUGCAGCAUUUGGGUUACAUAAACAUUUGCUACGGCCCUAUGGUGGGACACAUUUAACCGUGGAAAAGAGAAUCUUCAACUAUCGAUUAUGUCGAGCAAGAAGGUAUAUCGAAUGCGCUUUCGGCAUUCUCAGCAACAAAUGGAGAAUAUUUCAUCGACCCUUGAACGUCCAACCAGAACUUGCUAAUGAUAUUGUUAAAGCUUGCAUUAUUCUCCAUAACUAUGUUAGAGACAGAGACGGAUACAGGAUUGAGGAUACAACGACAAUCAUAGGGCUAGAAGAAGUUCAAGGAGAGACUACUACAAGAGGAGGUGUUCGAGCAAAUAAUAUAAGAAACAUUCUAUGUCAAUAUUUUGUUUCAAGUGUAGGAAGUGUUCCAUGGCAGAUGUCCAAAAUUUAAAAGGUCAUUCUGAUAGAUAACCAUCAGAUUCUGACAGUUUAUAAUUAUAAUAAUAGUAUAAAAAAACAACUAGAAAAUAGAAAACAAAAAUCACGACACAUUUUUAAUUUGUUAAACACAAUUUUGAACGUUACUAUCACUCAGUCUUAAAAGUGUAACAAAUUGUAAUAAACAGGUUAGCUUUAUUUUUGAGCAAAACAGAAGAACGAUUUGCGAUUUCGUUGUUCUUAUCCGCUACUGCCAAUACAAUUGGAAAAUGCUAUACUUCCUACAAGACAAAUAUGAAGAAUACUUCAUCAUAUGAAGUGUCAGUGGUCAGUUUUACUCGCUAUAAAUGCUAAAUUUCCCUAAAUUGAGUCUUUUUUAUGCGUAUUUGCAUUAGGCAAUUAAUCAAAAUAAAAUAUCAAUGUUCACAUAUUUGGUGUAAUAUACUUAGGCAUAAAUAAUAGGACUAGGAUACCUUGUUUUCUACUGUUUAUUGUUGAAAUUUAUCCAUUAAGCGUUAAAAAAUAAGAAAACAUAAAAGUCCUGCAUUAGAUUUUCA